CAACAGUCAACAUUCCACUCUUGGCCACUUUGGCAGUUCUUAUGCCGAGUAAAGACUGAUAUAUAGUGAAUAUUUAUUAAAAAAUAAAAUUUAGAUUUCCAAAAAAGGUCGGGAUGUCGACCUCGGCGAUUUAUAUUCUCGAUGUUAAGGGCAAAGUCUUAAUAUCGAGAAAUUAUCGUGGUGACAUUGAAACAGGUGUAAUUGAUAAAUUUAUGCCCCUUGUGAUGGAACGCGAGGAAGAAGGAAAUUUAACACCAAUAAUACAAACAUCCGAAUGCACUUAUUCUUACAUUAAAUAUAAUAAUCUCUAUUUAGUUUCAACAACACGAAAAAAUGCCAACAUAUCACUUAUCUUUGUUUUUCUUCAUAAAGUUGUACAAGUGAUGAGUGAAUAUUUCAAGGAACUCGAAGAGGAAAGCAUUAGGGAUAACUUUGUCGUUAUCUAUGAACUUCUCGAUGAGUUACUUGACUUUGGUUAUCCACAGACAACCGAUAGUAAGAUUCUUCAGGAGUACAUCACACAAGAGGGACACAAACUUGAGAUUCAACCUCGCAUUCCCAUGGCAGUGACAAAUGCCGUUUCAUGGCGUUCCGAAGGUAUCAAGUACCGCAAGAAUGAAGUAUUUCUCGAUGUCAUUGAAUCGGUGAAUCUAUUAGCUAAUGCAAAUGGUAAUGUUUUAAGUUCAGAAAUUGUUGGUGCAAUUAAAAUGCGUGUUUAUUUAUCGGGUAUGCCUGAAUUGCGUUUGGGAUUGAAUGAUAAAGUUCUUUUUGAAUCGACAGGUAGAGGUAAAUCAAAAUCAGUUGAACUUGAAGAUGUGAAAUUUCAUCAAUGUGUACGUUUAUCACGAUUUGAAAAUGAUAGAACAAUUUCAUUUAUUCCACCUGAUGGUGAAUUUGAAUUAAUGUCAUAUCGUUUAAAUACACAUGUGAAACCAUUGAUUUGGAUUGAAUCGGUUAUUGAACGUCAUGCUCAUAGUCGUGUUGAGUAUAUGAUUAAGGCGCGAUCACAAUUUAAGAGACGAUCAACCGCAAAUAAUGUGGAGAUUGUUAUUCCUGUGCCAAAUGAUGCGGAUUCACCGAAAUUCAAGACAACAAUUGGUAGCGUUAAAUAUUCACCUGAACAGAGUGCAAUUACUUGGUCGAUUAAAUCGUUUCCAGGUGGUAAAGAAUAUUUAAUGAGGGCACAUUUUGGAUUACCAUCGGUUGUUGGCGAAGAUGCUGAAGGAAAACCACCGAUUCAGGUGAAAUUUGAAAUUCCUUAUUUUACAACGUCGGGAAUACAAGUUAGAUAUUUGAAAAUUAUUGAAAAAAGUGGAUAUCAAGCGUUACCAUGGGUUAGAUAUAUUACACAAAAUGGUGAUUAUCAAUUGAGAACGAAUUAAAAAGAAAAAAAUCUCAAGGCUACUAGAUUCCUUUUUUCUGAUUUCAAAAAAAUUUUCCUGUCUUCUAAAAAAAAUGUUUCCUUAAUUUACAAUAUCUUUUAUCUAAACCAAUUUUAUUUUUGAACAAUUUUCUUUCCCUUUUUCAUUUUUGGGGUAAAAAUAAAGUUUGCUACAACGAAAAUUUUUUAUAAAAAAGUUUGCAAAGAAGCAGUUUUUUUUGGAUCCUUAUAAAAAUUUUUUCGAAUUCGUUGUAGCAAAAGGUACUUUAUUUCUACCACAAAAUAAAGGGUUUAAAAAAGCAAAAAAAAAUGUUCGCAGUUACUAAAAAUGAGUUUAAAAAAAUUUUCAUUUCGAAAAUUUUUGAUGGAAACAUUCUGAAACUGCAAAUUCAGUAUUAUAUAAUUCUAAAUCAAUUUCACUGUUUUUUUUUUAGUAAUGAAAAAAUUACUAUUCUGACAAUUAAAGGCGAUUUAAAAAAAAAUUCUUCUGAAAGUAACAGUGAAAUUUUUUUCUCAAGAUUCUCAAGAAUAAAAAAAUUAUUUUCGGAAAAUGAAUGUAAAAAAAAAUAUAUA